AUGUCCAACCUUUCCGCGUCGCAGCGAGUCGCCGCCAUCGAGAAGAUGCUAAGCACUCCCGUGGGAGCGCUAGAGUUCGGCGAGGCGCUGGAAGCUAUGAAGGAAGAGACCCGGGGUGAGCUAGCAACGUUGCUAGCACAGGCCCUCAUGAAGGCCCCUGCGGCGGAAGGAGAAGAGGAGCCAAUGGCUGCCACAGCCGCCGGGGAUAGCCAGGCCGGCAGUGCAAUGGCUACUGCUACUGAGGCUACGUCAUCGACCACCGCAACGCCCACUGCUACCACCAUGGAUGCGGGCAUGAAGGGCAAGCCGGUGAGCACCCCUGCCGACUACUUCCUCCGGCCGGCUACGCAGACCAAGCUAGCGGAUUUGGAGGCUAUCCGGAAGGAAGCCACGCAGGCAGCUAGCUCUUCGUCCGCAACGCCGCCGGUGGAGUCGGCUAUGACACCGGUGUGGAACCGGAUGCGGGCUCCCCGGCCACCUAGCUAUGCCGGAUAUCGUGGGACCACGUGGGACCAGAUAUUGCUAGGCAACAGCACGGUCCGCCAGGAUAGAGCCGGCAGCUCCCCCCUGGAGUGCUACCAGAAGGGCUGGCUAGUGGAGCUCCUGCACCCACCUCCAGAAGGGAGAAGGCUUUGCGCUAGGUCCGGUGGGCCCUAUGGUGGAGCAAACCUGAGACUAUAG